CGACGCUUCACUGUCUCUACAGUCUCAGUUGAGCAGUGCACUGGGGAAUGUGGCAGUAAGAAGUGAUUUCUGCUUCACAAUUCUUUGAAGAUGGACAAGUCAAGCAGUCUGUUUUUCCUUUACGUCUCUUUUGGAUGUUUGUGUCACAUAGCAAAUCCUGCUCUCAUGGAGAAACUGGCAAACAAAAAGAUUUGCGCAGACACGGAUUGUUCCUAUGUGAUUUCAAUGGCCCAAGUUCUUGAAGACUACAUUGCUUCGGACUGCAGAUAUAUAAACCUGAGAAGAGGCCAGAUGAUCUAUGUGUAUUCUAAACUCAAACCACAAGAGGGUGAUGGAGUCUUCUGGUCUGGAAGUGUUUAUGGUGACCGUUAUGUAGACCAGAUGGGCAUGAUUGGAUAUUUCCCCAGUAAUUAUGUAAAUGAGACACAUGUUUUUAUGAAGAAAACUGUUGAGAUGCCAACCACUGAAAUGGACUUCUUCUGCGCUUAAAGACAUCACCCUACUAUAUUCUUCUUCGCUAAAUGGAGUUGAGAUUUCCUUUGUGCGUUUGAUCAAAAUGUUCUAUCCUCCAUCUGAAUGGGGAAACAAUGCCUAUUUUAAGUAGACCUUUUAUUCCAUGUGUUUUAAUUUAGUUAGACUGGUAUAUUAAUUGUGAGUGAGAUUAAUGAGUUCACUACUUGACCUAUUUCAUUUUCUUUUCUUUUUUUUUUACAUGAAGCAGAUUAUAAAAUGAAUUAUGUGACUAAAUUCAUUUACAUGCAGUUCCACUCAAGAGUAGAACUCAGAGAGAUGCAUUUAAGAAAGUAUUUCACUACUUGUACUGUUCUGUACUUUUUUGGCAGUGUUUGAAACCGCUUGAUACAGUAAACUGCAUGCAUGACAUCUCUUGAGUCUCUUCCCUUUAAUUGAUGUAGCUGCUACAUAUAUAAAGUACAUGGUCCUUUCAAUGUGUGUAUUCCUCACACAUUUAGGAAAUGUCUUCUCCAAAACCGGAUUUUUUACAUCAAAUUCAUAUGGAAGAGCGACGCCCCAAUAUAUGAUACUGAUAUCAGAAUCGUGUCUAAUACUGUGAUCAUGUACUUGUUCUCUUGCCAGUAAAAAUGCUCUAUAACCAAUAUGUCUUUAUGUAAACAUUCAGUGCACAAAUUAAUAUCAUGUCAUGUCCUGGUGAGAUUAUUUUACAGCAAAAGCUGUGCUGUCAUGAGAUAAAUAUAUAGAAAUUUGCAGUGCUUUAAAUAUGAGUGAAUGUGAAGUGUUGUGCUGACCAGACACAAGUGUUCAUACCUUUUAGAGAUAUUUGACAUAAAGAAUACAUACUUAUUUAAUUAAAUAGCAGCUUCUGUGUUUUAAUAAUCACUUUGAGUCACAUAGAGAUCGGCUUUUCCAGAGUGGGCAGCUACCGUCAUAAUGUCAGAGCUCCUUGGUCUAACAACACAGAAACACUUCAAAAUAAAAGCACUUUAUUCAA